AGUACGAAAAUUUUAAUGGCCGCGGAUAGUUAUUGAACGAGUGACUAUCGCAUAUUUUAUUGUAAAUAUCGUUCGUUAACUUAAUUAUAGUGUUAUUGGUUUCACUUAAAGUUAUGAAAUAAGGUGAAGUGCUUCAUAGAAAUAAUAAAAUUAAACUUCAGCAGUGAUUUUUAAGUAUCAGCAAUACAUGGCACGAGCUGAUGGCGCUGCACAACAUUGGGAGACAGAUGAACUGCUGUAUUCGAGUAGAGAUAGCGACGACAGUCCCAUACUGUCUUACAGGUUAGUUACUAGUGUAGACUGCUUCGUACUGAUCAUGAGUUCAUGAGGUCCCGGUUCGAAUUACAAGUCGGAAAUCACUUAUGUGGUUUUUCUGUCAAAAAAUUCUCAACAGCAGCCCAGAGUCAAGAUUUUGGCGAUGUUUCACAUCCACGUCUUGGAUAGCAAGUAACGCCGUUGGUCCUGCGCCCGAUCUCUCUCCGGUCGUGUCGGAUUAUCGUCCCAUUGGACUGUGAGAAAAUAGAGAGUUCUUGCGCAUACACUUGGCCAUGUAAUCCUGUAGAUGGCUAGUCUCCGUUCAGACUGGCCGCAGUGACCGAAAUUCGGUUUAGAGGACAUUAUUACUAGUGUACUUACUUACAUAAUAUGUUCUGCAUUCAUUAUAGUAGUGUACAAUAUAUCUUUUUUCAUUUUGUAUAUUGUGGGCGAAAUAUAUAGAAAUAGAUAUUAUUACUGUGUAUAUCAAAUUAUUAGAUUGCGAAUCAUUAUCAUUAUCAUUACAGCCCUUCACAAGACCACUGCUGAACGUAGACCUCCCCCAAGGAAUGCCACAAAAUACGGUCCUGAGCCACCUGCAUCCAUCGACUUCCUGCAUGUCUUACCAGGUCGUCACUCCAUCUUGUAGGGGGUCGCCCUACACUUCGCCUACCGGUACGAGGCUGCCACUCGAGAACCUUUCUUCCUCAUCGGUUGUCGGUUCUUCGAGCUAUAUGGCCGGCCCAUUGCCACUUCAGCUUACUAAUCUGUUGGGCUAUGUCAGUUGCUCUGGUUCUACUGUGGAUAUCUUCAUUUCUAAGUUUAUCACGCAGAAAAAUCCCGAGCAUAGCCCUCUCCAUAGCUCGUUGAGCGACCUUUAACUUCCUCAUACGGCCAGCAGUGAACAACCACGUCUCAGAUCCAUAAGUCAUCACUGGCAAUACGCACUGGUUGUACAAUUUCCUUUUCAGGUUUUGAGGUAUACUUGACGAGAAGAUGUGUCGUAGUUUCUCGAACGCUGACCAACCGAGUUGAAUCCGUCGAUUGACCUCCCGGUCGAAGUUGGACUUACCUAGUCGGGCCAUUACAUAUUACACGGAACACGGAACUCGUCAGCAACUUCGAGCUUAGUGCUCCCAACAACUACCGGCAAAGGUGUGACAUGGACCUUAAACAUGAUCUUUGUUUUGUCCAUGUUCAUCUUAAGACCUAUCCGUUGGGAGACACUAUUGAGGUCAUUGAGCAUAGUGCAUAUACGCAAGGAAAAGUGGCAGAUUAUACUCUUCUGUCUUGUGUAGAAUUUGCCGAAGGGUGUGUAUGUGGUCCAUAGUACUAAAGCCUUUUCGGAAACCGGCUUGUUCGGGAGUUCCAGCCUCUCGAGUCUGCGUGUGAGACCAUUGUAAUGACUCUCGAAAACAGCACGUAGACGCGGCUCAGAAGGGAAAUCGGUCUGUAGUUCUUCAAGAGAGCGUUAUCGUCUUUCUUGAAGAACAAGACCACCGCACUUCUGUUCCACGCCUCCGGAGUAGUACCACCAUGGAAGACGGAAUUAAAGAGCUUCUGAAAGACUUUAAGUACCGGUUUUCCACCCGCUUUCAGAAGCUCCGCUGUAAUUCCAUCCACGCUCGGGGACUUGCCGUUUUUAAGAUGCAGGAGAGACAUUCUAAUCUCGCUCAGACUGACGUCGACACCGGCGCUAGUCCACGAAACACUCGCAAGUAACUUUUUCCGAAUCAAUUUUCGUUUAGGGCAGGAUUUGGCUGGGUCUCUAGGGUUCAGCCAUUGCGACGAGCGCUUCCGAUCAUCGUACAGUAUCCACUUUUCAUCACAAGAAAUGAUGCGAUUUAAAAUCACUUCAUUAUUGUGUCGGUUGAGCAAAGUAACACAGCAGUCGACGCCUGUUUGCAAGUUCGAUUCACUCAAUUCAUGAGGUACCUACCCAACGUUCAAGUUUUUUUACUUUCCGGAUUUGCUUCAAGUGGAUUAAUACAGUUUUAUCACUUACCCCGAAGCCUGCAGCUAUCUCUGAAGUGCUUUGUGAUGGAUCUGCUUCUACAAUAGCUUUUAAUUUUUCAUUUUCCACUUUGGUCUCCGGCCGUCCACGGCGUUGGUUCUGAAGGUCGAAAUAUCCAGAACGAAAACGUUGAAACCAAAAACGUACCAUGCUUUCUUUUGCGACACCAGCGCCGUACACAUCAUUAAUCCUUCGAGCUGUUUCUGCAGCACUGGUGCCACGGUAGAAUUCGUACUCGUAAAUAUACCGAUAUUUCAUGUUUUCCAUUGUGCGGUAAUAAGCGACGCC